GUCUCAGAUUGUAUCGCGAGAAAACCGGAGCCAAUGAGAAGGCGGAAGUAAAGGCUGAUUCCUAGUCGCCGGCAGCUGCUGCAAGGCUGAAGCCAAAGUGCACUGCUGCCCUGGAGCUGCUGUUCUGUCGCUUGUUAGGUACCACCGAGCUCUCAGUAACAGGACUGAACUAUACCAUUUAGAAAAAUGGAAGCUGAUGCUUCUGUCGACAUGUUUUCAAAAGUCUUGGAGAACCAGUUGCUUCAGUCGGCCAAGCUAGUAGAAGAACAUUUGGAUUCUGAAAUUCAGAAAUUGGAUCAGAUGGAUGAGGACGAAUUGGAACACCUCAAAGAAAAGAGACUUGAGGCACUAAGGAAAGCUCAGCAGCAGAAACAAGAGUGGCUUUCUAAAGGACAUGGGGAAUACAGAGAAAUCCCUAGUGAGAGAGAGUUUUUUCAAGAAGUCAAGGAGAGUAAAAAAGUGGUUUGCCAUUUCUACAGAGACUCCACAUUCAGGUGUAAAAUACUAGACAGACAUUUGGUGAUACUCGCCAAGAAACAUCUCGAGACCAAGUUUUUGAAGCUGAAUGUGGAAAAAGCACCUUUCCUUUGUGAGAGACUGCGUAUCAAAGUCAUCCCCACUCUCGCACUCUUAAAAGAUGGGAAAACACAAGAUUAUGUUGUUGGAUUUACUGACCUAGGAAAUACAGAUGACUUCACCACAGAAACAUUAGAGUGGAGACUCGGUUGUUCUGAUAUUCUUAAUUACAGUGGAAAUUUAAUGGAGCCACCAUUUCAAAGCCAAAAGAAAUUUGGGACAAACUUCACAAAGCUGGAAAAGAAAACUAUCCGAGGAAAGAAAUAUGAUUCAGACUCUGAUGAUGAUUAGAGAUCAAUUAUAAUUCUUUAUAAAUCAUCUAUUUCUGUUUUAUUCACAUUUCUGUGUUUUCUAAAUUCUAUUGAUUUUAAUAAAUUGGUCUUCUAACACUCA